AUGGCUACUGCGGCAUCGAGAAGACCCACGUGGCGUCACCACCCUCCUCCUCCUCCUACCCCCAGGAUCCUGCACUUCCCUCGCCGGAGACCCUCUUUCCGGAGGGACGUUAAGGGCAACACCAGCAACAGGCUGGGGACUCUGAUUGAUCGCGAAAGACGUGCACGUCCGCCCAUAGUGCUGUUAGACAACAGCGUUGGUAGUGAGGGUGAGAGGAGAAGGGAGAGAGUUGGGAGUCCUAAAGGUUGGGCCUUGGAGGAAGAGAAGUGGAAGUUUCAAGCGGAAAUGUUAAGGGCCGAAUGUAACUUGUUGAGGAUGGAGAAGGAGAUUGCGGUUAAGAAGUUGCAGAGGACUCGUGUUAAAAUGGAGACAACUCUAAGAUCUGCUCUUCACACACUUGUUUCUGGAAGAAUCAAGAUUUGUGAAGGAAAGAACGUUGAUAUGGUUUUGGAUGAGGAGAUUCAUGAGUUGACAGAGAAACUUCAGAGAUUGCAAAAGAGGUCGAAAGUGAAGGAUUUAGGAGCUAGGAAGAACAAAAAUUUUGACAAGCAAGUUUCUGUUCUGCAGACUAGACUGGAGAAGAUUGGAGGAUCGUCAGAAGAGAUUUAUUUGAGGGAGUUUCAAGAGAUGGAAAACAUAAGCUUGUCAAUUAAAAGGUGUAGCAGAAUUGAUGAGAGCAUUGUUGCUAGUGGAAAACUAAAUGUGGAGAUUCUGAGGAGAAAAAUGGAGGGAUUGUCAAAGGGAAUAUUACUGCAGAGGAUGGAGGAAGAGUAUAACUCAUUGCUGUCCACUGCUAGUAGUUCUCUUGCUAGCUCUGCUUCAACUUCCAAGAGAGUUGAAUUUCAAGAUUCAUCUUCAACAAGAGUACCUCAUCAGGAAAAAUUGUCUUGUGAAGGGAAUCCAUGCUCGGGACAUUGCAAAACUGUUGUACGGAGAAUUGUAGAGCAAGUUAGAGCAGAGACUGAGCAAUGGUCACAAAUGCAGGAGAUGCUGGGUCAGGUGAGGGAAGAGAUGGAGGAAUUGCAGGCUUCUCGAGAUUUUUGGGAAGAUCGAGCCCGGCAUUCUGAUUCUGAUAUUCAAUCCCUUCACAAUGCUGUGCAAGAAUGGAAAGAAAAAGCUCUUUCAUCUGAAAGUGAAAGAAAGGAACUUGAAGCAGAACUCUCCAUGGUCCGUGGUGAUCUUGAAAGGUUGAGGAAGGAACAGAAUGCAGUUAAGGGGACGAAAUGUUUGUCCAUUCCCGUGGACACACAGAAUGAGUUGGAGAAGCGAAUAGUGAUUUGUUGCUCAAAGAAAAAUAACAACUUUAAAGAAAAUAGCAAGCAUAAUGAUGAUGUUCUUAGGAGUGGGGAAAGAAAAGCUCAAGGUGCUAGUAGUGGUGGAUUCUUAGCCCCAAAAAGAUCUCCACUCAGAGACAUUGGGAACUCGCCAUUGUUGAUGAGACAGAAUGGCAAAGCAGUUUUCCCUUUGCGUUGCCAUCUUUCUUCUGAUGCUGAGAAAAUUCACCAUUUUGACACCACUGGCCCAUCUGAAAUUAAAGAACUUGUUGCAAUGGAUCCUAGAUUGGCUAAUAAUUAUUCGUCGCCUCGUCCCAGAUGGAGAAAAGUAGCAUAUGGUGGUAUGCAACCUGGUUAUGAUGACAAUCAUACAGAUGAAUCUUUCCUUGAAGGAAUGGUCAUGAAUGCCAGUGUUGUAAAAAGGGACAUGCUAAAGGUAAUGCUGGACUCGGUAUCCAUUUCUGAAUAUUUAUGCAUUGUUGCCCUUGUUGUCUUGGUCUGGACUUGUACACUUACAUCAACUAUUGAUGAAAAUUCUCUCCUAUUGAUUGAUGUAAGUCUUCUUGUUUCUGGCUUUUUAAUUCUCCUUUUUACUCAAGAAAUGCUUUCCCUUAGUCUUCUCCUCCAUUAUGUCCUUAAUAUCUCCUUUUUCAUAACUGUGUUAUAUGUUUUGGCUCCCAUAUAUCAAACUCUUACAAGGUCCAUUAGUUCGGAUUCCAUUUGGGCAGUAGCUGCCUCACUUCUAGUACUUCACCUUUUUCUACAUGACUACUCAGAAUCCACCGUUAAAGCCCCGGGGGUUCUGAAGAAUCCUGCAUUGACCAGUUGUAUCUCUGUAAAUGCUUCAGUAGUCGCCUCAGUUUUUAUUGCUUCUCGCCUUCCAUCAAGACUACAUGUGUUCGGUAUCAUGUUAUUCUCAUUGCAGGUUUUCCUUUUUGCUCCACUUGUUACUUACUGUAUUAAAAAAUAUUCCUUCCGCGUGCACCUAUGCUUUUCUAUCAGCUUGAUGGUCAUGACCUUAAGUUUUGUGUAUAUGCUGCAUCGCCUACUUUUUGUGGUGCUGCUUAGUCUGCUGGUUUUUGUCAACGUGGUCUGCCCUUAUUGGCUUAUAAGGAUCCAGGAGUACAAGUUUGAGAUCAAUGGACCUUGGGAUGAGGCUAAACUUUGUUUUGAUAUUACAGACUGA